UCAUAAAUAAUUAAUGAAGUCCAGUCGCACAUAGUGUGAGACAACAACAGCCACAACAAAUCAAUAAAAACAUGUUGAUUCGCGCGCUGAUGAAAGACGGUUCACACACGGUGUGCUGGAUGAUGAUGCCCCCUGCAGACACCGAGCAGAACUCACCGACUGGAGAAAACUGUGAACUCUUUCACUUUCGAAACGUCACCAAAAGGAGGACCUGAGAAAGCGUUUGUGGGCUGUGUUGCUGCACGAACCACCCCGACCGGACAUGGAAUAACUUCCGCCCGCUUUUAAUUUAGAUGUCUGCCACGGUGCAGGGGACUUUUUGGUCAUUUUCUGCUUCAUUGCACAAAUCUCGAACUGAAAUUUUGUGCAGAGCGAAUCAGUGCAGCGGAGGCAGCCUCCGUGAGGAGAAGUGAGUGCGCUGACCAUGGCGGAACCGACGUUUUGGAUGGACAAUAAGGAUCUCCUUCGGUUUUUCCGCCUACACAAAACACAAAUGUCCUGCAUAGAGAACCCGCACACCUUUCUCAGCCAGCUCAGGGAUCACGACCUGGUGCCAGAGGACAGAUACCAGAAAGUGAGUCGCAUGAAGAGUAAAAACAACACAAAGAAAGGUCUUUAUGACAUACUGAACUGGGUGGAGAGCAAACAGUCGCAUCGCAUCACAGACUUCUGGGAUUGCGUCUUCAAGGAGCACAUCAUGAGCGAGUACCCCACUCUGCGAAUGCUGCGUAACACCCUCAUGGACGGGUCUUUCCAGUUUUACGUGCAACAGCCCGAGAGGGAUGAAUCAGAAGAGACAGAUGAAGAGAAAAGGAAGAAGCUUUCAAAGGAUGAGGGGGGAGGGAAGAAGCGAGCAAACUCAGUGAAAAAGAAGAGAAAACUAAGAAAUGGGAGCGUGUGUGAGGAGGAGGAGGAGGAGGAGGAGGAGCAGGCUGGUCCAUCGUCACAGAUGACUCCGAGGAAAAAGUCCAAGAAAAUCUGCUUCUCCUCUCCUCUGAAGAAGGGAGAGAACGACAUUUGGAACUGGCCACUCUAUAAGCGCCAUCUGCCUGUGACCUGUGGACAGCAGGAGGGGACACUGGACAGACAGAAACUAGCUAAAGGGGAGAAGUGCAUCGCAGUGAAGAGACAGUGGUUUACUCCCGGUGAAUUUCAGAAGUUUGCAGGGAAGGAGAGCUACAAGAACUGGAAGUUUAGCAUUCGAUGUAAGGACACCCCGCUGGGAAAACUCAUACAGGAAGGUCAUUUGACAGCAGUGAAUUACAAAGGAGGGUGUAAAAAGGCCAAGAAGUCACUGUUCCCAUCUGGUCAUUUAAACACAGUGUCUGAGGGAGAAGAAGAUGAAGAUGAGGAGUGCGAUCCGGAUGAGGACGACCAGGUUUCAUCAAGCAGCAAAGACAGUUCUACAAAUGACACAGAUGAAGAAGACGAGGCGGAGGAACAGACUGAGCAGCAGCCAGACGCCAGGCAUGACCGCAGAGGGAGGGUGUUUAAAGUUACAUGUGGAGCUGUAACUGGGACUUUACACCAAGUACGAUUUGCAUCAGGGACUCGUGGGAAGAGUAUUCGUACUGAGACCAGCUGGAUGACCCCGGAUGAGUUCUUGAGGGAGGCGUCAUGUCAGACAGACGCCUCCUGGAGGAAAGACAUCACGUGCGAUGGGGAACCCCUCAGCGUCCUCAUCGAGGCGAAGACCUUGAAGAUCCACUCCCUGCUGUGUAAAUGCGAUCUGUGCAAACCAGAUGGUGAAGACCUGGAAAAUCAGAAAAAUGAUGACGAGUGUUUCAUCUGUAAAACUGCACUAGAAGAAGAGUUGGUGGAGUGUGAUCACUGCCCUCGCUCCUUCCACCAGAGAUGUCACCUGCCUCAUGUGGGAGACGACAUUUUGCAGGACGACAGACCGUGGAUGUGUACGUUCUGUGUAUACAGAACCACUCAAGCGUGGCUUUACUUGGAUCAGCAGAAAAGAGAAGUCACCAUGUCUCGCCAAAUAUCUCAGUGCAUGAUGCAAUGCCAGUACCUCCUCCUGUAUCUGUGCGGUGCUGAUGAGGAACAAACGUUUGCGACAAACCCAUGUCUCUAUUUGACAGACUACUCCACUGUGAUCAAGACUCCCAUGUGGCUGGGUAAUAUAGCAGACAAACUCCAGUCGCAACGCUACAGGACGGUUGGAGAGUUUGUGUCCGACGUCCAGCUCAUUUUCACCAACUGUGCAUCAUAUAACCGAGAUAAUGCUGAAUUCCUUGCCCAGGGUAACGAACUGCAGGAGUUAUUUGAUGGGAAAUUUAAGAGCGUGUUCAACAUCACUGAUGACUGUUGACUGCACGACCCUCCUCUCUCCGUUUAAGCUCCCCUCAGGGACGUACGUCCCAGCAUCACUGGUGGAGACCGCACAGCCUUCAGCCACUAUCGGAGGCAAGCUCCAACGAUAACGAGUUUGUAAAACUCGUCGGUGACAAUAACCAAAAGGGGAAUUUUGUCAUUGUGGAGGCAUCCAUUCAGAUUUUAUGAUUCUUUUUUUAAACAUAGUUUUUAUUUCUGUUUCAACAGCUCAUACACUCAUGUAAAGAAUCUUUCCUGCAGUUUUUUCCUUUUGUUUUAUUGGUUAUGUCCUUUUUUCUCCACACCCUCUCAGUCUAUAUGUUUUAUGUUAGGGGCUCAGGUUUUAACCACUUAAUUGUAAUGAAUUUUACUACUGCUGUUAGUUGUAUUUGUAAAAUACAAUUUUUAGCUCUUCCCUCAAUCAUUCUGAUUUUUUAUUUAUUUUUUUUUUUUUUACACGUAAUAUUUAAUAUUUAAGUUUUAAUCAGUUACUUCCCCUUCGCCUCAGAUCAUUUUGGGAUGAUUCUCACCAUAUAACAAUACAGUAUAAUAUUACCGCAAUUCAUUAAAAUGAUAUAGUAUUCCCAUUAUGUAAUUUGUUAAUCCAUAAAAGAUGCAGUACAGUGCCUUACAAACUAGUUAACUUUUUUCUUUAAUGAUGUGACUACCAUUUUUAAUGUUUUAGUGUUUUUAUUAAAUACAGACGUUUGUACAAUGGAGGCAAGAAUUUCAAAAUUGUAUUUUAAAAAGUUGAGUAAAAAUAAUUUUAUGUAUGUUGCUCCUUACAUAUUUUAUUGACAUGUUUUCUCUAAUAUUGCCCCACAUGUGAGGAGGGUUUUAAAAUGUAUUAUGUAAAAGUCAUUAUUUGACUGCAUAUUUGUCCAAAGUGUUCAUCGUGCAAAUUAUCCAUCAGGUACAGUAUUUAACGUACGAAUCAUUUGCACUUUGUGGACUUGUUGCACUCUUUCUGUCUCUCGUUCUCUCUGAUUUGUUGGUGGAUGUUUGUUUUUAAAAUAAAAUAUUUGUAUACAUCUUAAAUGAUUUACCUUAUAUUGAUAAACAUCUCCCUUCAAGUUUUAAGUAAGCAAAUUUGCUGUCAUUUGAUUCCUAAUCUAGACAAUCUGGUAAAAAUUGCUUUGUCAAUAUGGAUUUCACUGUUUUGAAAUACAAAAUAAUGGAAUUGUAAAAUAAAAGAAUGUAAUUAAUC